GAACAGUUAGUCACGACGGACGGGCAGCGGACAGUAGGCCUAUGAGAUAGACUAGCACUGCUAUAUUAGUUUUUUAAAGGUUGAUCAUGAAUGCAUUAGUUAGGAUAUAUUUCUAUUAAGAGGUUGUAGGAAAACAGGUUAGGCCUAUAGCAAUCAUGACGGAAAACCCUAGAUUUAAUUUCCGGCAAUUUCUCACACUGCCUGAAAUAAACAAGACUACAGUUAACAUCUAUGGCAGCACCAAUGCCUUAAAUACAGCAGUAGAGAAGGCCCGUGAAGAAAAGACAUUGGUUAUACACCCUUAUAGUCCAUUCAGGAAAUACUGGCUGGUCAUCGUGAUGCUGGUAACUUUUGUAAAUGUGAUUGCUGUUCCUUUGAGUGUAAGCUUUUUCACUCAAAAGCAUUUUAGUCCUGCAUGGAUUGCAUUAAAUGCAAUCGUGGAUGUGUUGUUCAUCAUGGAUUUAUGCCUAAACUUCCGCAUUGGGUACCGGAGUGAGGAAAUUAAUGAUGUUGUUUUGGAAACCGACAAAAUAAGGAAUCAUUAUCUGAAAACAUGGUUCUUCCCAGACUUAAUAGCUGUGUUGCCAGUUGACUAUCUAAUUCUAAUUAUUGAGACUUUGGGACCUCACCCAGAUGCAUUUGGAAUGGCAGGUGUACGAAUGGUGAAACUGAUCAAAUUAACAAGAUUAUUCAGCUUGUUACGCCUACUAAGAUUCUCCAGGCUGCUACGAUAUGCUCGGAGAUGGGAAGAGGUCCAUGGCUGGAAUGUAGGAGCCGUUGCUACUUUCCUUCAGUUUCUGCAUAUGGUUGUAAUCAUCAUUUUUAUAUGCCAUUGGAGCGCCUGCUUCCACUUCCUGGUGGCGGUAAUCGAAGAAUUUCCAGAAAAUAGCUGGAUCACUCAGGAAGGACUUCAGAACAAAUCUAUGACUUUGCAAUACACAAGAUGCAUGUUUCGUUCACUUUGCCACAUGAUGACCCUGAACUAUGGAUCUAUUGGAGCUCCUAAGGGUGUCCUACAUCUGUGGGUUGAUAUAAUAAGCAUGAUGGUGGGAACAGUCAUGUAUGCCUUGCUUCUGGCUCGUAUAACAGCCCUGGUGACUAACUCCAGGGCAAGUGAGAAUGUCUACAAUCAAAAGAAAAAUGAGUUGAGACAGUAUAUGCAAUUGAGUCGCAUACCACUUAACCUGCGCCUGAGAGCCCUUGAUCAUUUAUAUAGCCGAUACCAGGGAAUGUGGUUUGAUGAGCGUGAUAUUCUGAUGGACCUCAAUGAACCUCUAAGACGGGAACUUAUACACUACAAUUGCUCCCCUCUGAUCCAAAGACACCCAGUCUUCCAAGAUGCCGACCCUAUCUUUCUGUCAGAGGUGCUGGAAAUGUUGGAGUUUGAAUACUUUCUUGAAGGAGAGCUCAUCAUUCGAAGUGGGGCAGUGGGUGACUGCAUGUUUUUCAUAGAGAGGGGCCAAGUACAAGUGGAGACGCCUGAAUUCACGAAGAUACUGACAGAUGGCUCUUUCUUUGGAGAGUUAUGCAUGGUAACAGAAAUGAGCAAGCGCCAAGCUACUGUGAGGGCACUGACUGCAUGCCGUCUGUACAGCCUUAGUGCUUGUAAAUACAAGAAGAUAUUGGAGCAUUUCCCUGACGGGCUGCGAAAGGUUGCCUCUGAGGCAGAGAAACGACAGGAAAUCCUCAAUGGUUAAAGUGCAUGAUCAAAACCUUGAAGAAGAAUGAUCACAGGCUUUUUAAACCGUGAUCCCAAUUUCUAUUGCCUCAUAAUAAAGUUUCUUUUUCAAACAAUG